AUGCCUGAGAGUGCUUUGGCCCGUCCCUGGCCGUUCCUGCUGCUGGCCAUCCAGGUUGCCAGUGCCAUCAGCGCCUCCCAGCCAUGGCACUGCGCGCCCUGCUCUGCCGAGAAGCUCGCGCUCUGCCCGCCUCUGCCCGCCUCGUGCCCUGAGGUCUCCCGGCCGGCUGGCUGUGGCUGCUGCCCCAUGUGCGCCCUGCCGCUGGGUGCUGCCUGUGGUGUGGCCACUGCACGCUGUGCCCGGGGUCUGAGCUGCCGAGCCCUGCCUGGGGAGCCCAGGCCGCUGCACGCACUCACUCGUGGCCAGGGCAGCUGUGUGCUGGACUCCUCUGCAUCCGAUGCUGAGACAUCAGCGGCCCCUGCACCCUGGGACAGCAUGGAGAUGACAGAGGAGCAGCUGCUGGAGCGUUUCCACCUCACGACCCCCUCAGGCGAGGACCAGGCCGCCCUCUGGAACACCGUCAGCACGUUUAGGAGCCCUGGGGCCGCCGGGGCCGCCGAUGGCAAGCGGUGGAAGGGGCCGUGCCAGAGGGAGCUCUACAGGGUGCUGGAGCAAUUAACCAAGGCGCGGCAGGAAGCAGGGGAAGAAAUCUACAAGUUUUAUCUGCCCAAUUGCAACAAGAGUGGAUUUUUUCACAGCAAACAGUGUGAGGCGUCCCUGGACGGGGAGCCCGGGCUCUGCUGGUGCGUCUACCCGUGGAAUGGGAAGAGAAUUUCGAGGGUCCCGGCCGUCAGAGGGGACCCCAGCUGCCCCCAGCACUGA